GAGCAGCAGCAGGGCCUCGCCUUUGUGGUUGUAGAAAGAGAAGAUGGCUCCCGUUCUGGAGAAACAGCUCCCGGGCGCAGCCGGGGCAGGCGACAACAACAACGAAGAUGAAGAAGGACAAAACCUUUGGACCUCAAUAUUGAGUGAAGUUUCAACUAGAUCGAGUUCAAAGUUGCCAUCAGGAAAAAAUAUCCUGAUAUUUGGUGAGGAUGGAUCAGGAAAAACAGCACUUAUGGCCAAACUUCAAGGAGUUGAGCACAACAAGAGAGGCAGAGGACUGGAGUAUCUGUACUUAAAUGUCGCUGAUGAGGACAGAGAUGACCUUACUCGCUGUAAUGUGUGGAUUCUGGAUGGAGACCUAUACCACAAAGGCCUACUUAAGUUUGCUGUGUCAGCUCAGACACUACCUGACUGCCUAGCUGUGUUUGUUGCGGAUAUGUCCCGGCCCUGGACCAUUAUGGAGUCACUGCAGAAGUGGGCAAGUGUGUUACGUGACCACGUGGACAAGCUCAAGAUCCCUCCAGAGGACAGGAGAGAACUGGAGCAGAAGAUGGUGAAAGCCUUCCAAGAGUACUUAGAACCAGAGGAUGCCACCCCAGCCUCCCCACAGAGACGGGCCCCAACAGCAGGGGAAGAUGAGGCCAUUGUGCUACCACUUGGGGAGAACACACUCACACACAACCUGGGCAUUCCAGUGCUAAUAGUUUGCACAAAGUGCGACGCAGUCGGCGUACUAGAAAAGGAGCAUGACUACAGAGAGGAGCACUUUGAUUUCAUCCAGUCCCACAUCAGGCGAUUUUGCUUAGAAUAUGGAGCUGGCGUGAUCUAUACAUCGGUCAAAGAGGAGAAGAACCUUGAUCUGCUUUACAAAUAUAUGUUGCAUAAGAUCUAUGAUUUCCAGUUCACCACACCGGCCUUAGUGGUGGAGAAGGAUGCAGUGUUCAUUCCAUCUGGAUGGGAUAAUGAGAAGAAAAUUGGGAUUUUGCAUGAAAACUUAACUACAGUCAGAGCCGAAGAUCCAUUUGAAGAUUUUAUCACAAAGCCUCCAGUACGAAAGCUGGUCCAUGACAAAGAGAUAAAUGCAGAGGAUGAGCAGGUAUUCCUGAUGAAGCAGCAGUCUAUGUUAGCGAAGCAGCCUGCCACACCAACAAGAGGAGCAACAGAGUCUCCAGGACGAACAGCUUCAGGGUCUCCCAGGCCUGCGGGUCGAGCCGGCCAACCCAGCGUGACGGGCGGGUCACCGAUGGCUGCUGUCAAAAAGCCUGACCCUAACAUGAAAGCGGGGGCAGCCAAUGAGGGAGUGCUGGCUAACUUCUUCAACAGCCUGUUGAGUAAAAAGACAGGGAGCCCAGGGAGCCCAGGAAGUGGAGCAGUUGGAGCCGGAGUGCAAGGGUCCGCCAAGAAAACAGGGCAGAAGCCGGGUUUGACUGACGUCCAGGCGGAGUUGGACCGGAUGACUCGUAAACAAGACUCCAUGGUUUCAGCUAACAACAUACCACCGCCGACCGAGAACGAAGCGUGAAGGCAACAAAAACAGCUGCAUCGUCCACUGCGUUAAUACUCUGGAAAUAUACAUGUACAUGUGAGCAUAAAAAAAAAUUGACCAAAUUCCCAAUGUCUAUAUCAGUCAGCGCACACAGUGGUUUCACCAAAACGAGUUUCAGAUGCUAUCAGAUAUGUUGGUGUUCUGGUGAGAUGGGAAGAGAGAGAUGAUGGAGAUGGAGGUGUUAAUAAGAUAAGUGCUGAAGGCUUGGCUUUAUUUCUGCCCUCUCUUCCACUGUAAAUGUUAUUUUUUGAGGGAUGUCAGUUUAUUGAAAUGUGUGCACACUCCAGCCUGAUGUGCUGGCCUGCAGGCCCCUCAUUUUCUGGGGUAAAAACACACUCUCCUCAUGGGUUUAAAGAGUGGAAAUAUGUGGCCUCUGGUUCAGCUUAUCUAAUGGAAGGAAUCCGGUUGCGAUUGGAAAGGUAUUUAAACUUUAUUCAUUGAAAAAAAGUAAUUAGAAUACUUGCAAACAUAUGUAAUGUGUAAAAAAAAAUGUUGGAUAUGAUACUGAUGUAUUUAUACAAAGCUCCUUUUUGUUUUAUUUUGUGCACCAUUUAUCGGUUUAAGGAAAGAUUCGUCUGUAUCACAUAACCUGUUAAAAUGCCACUGACGUCAUGACACUAAUACGACAAGUCCUGAUAGCAUAUCUCAUCUUUUGCCCUAUUCAUCUCGAAGGAUUCUGUAAAUAUAAAUACAAAAAAAAAAAUCUAUUCAGGUUAACUUUGGUUUUUGUAUAAAAUGCAAUUCUGUCCAAAUUCUGAAAAUAGCUUCUUUUGACUUAAUAAGACUGGUUGGGAUUAGAGGUUGCAAUGGAAGCGCUUCUUUAGCUACAGGUGUGUAUAUUUGGGGAUGGGGUUGGGCAGCAUCUUUCCUACUAUAACUCCUAAGUGCCUCGCACAGUUAGCUGUUUGUGUCAUAGUAGAGGUGCUUGUCUGCGUAAGAGGAAAUGCACUGUAGCACCAUCGGUUAAAAGGUUUUUGUCCAUUUCUUGUCAUCCAAAUAAUUUAUUUUGUUUUACAUUUUUGUUAAUGUACAACAAGCCUGUGGUCUAUUAUUUUUCAGAAAUACAAUUUCUGUGGCCUAGCUGACGGUGUUCAAUAGAGCAAAUAGAUUGAAUGCCUUCAUACAAACUGUAAAGGCUGCUGAUGUUAAGAAAAACCACACGAUGGAACUUUUGGGUCCCCCAGAAGAACACUUACUGUGGUCGAUACCACUCGCUUUGCAGCCAAAAGACACAAUGAUUUGCUGUGGUUUGAACAAAAUGAGAUAUUGUAUCAUCCGUAAGUGUUUUGACAGCUCUCUGUCCUUCUUCGGUUUCACAUGUUUUAUUCACGCUGUACUUCACAUGUCAGUUAAAACAUUCCCAGUUUCUACAUGAAGUAGCUGUAGAAACACGUCCCUGUAGUGAAACCUGUUUGUCCGGUCAGGUCUUUUUGUUCUGUCUCUUUCAGUGCCCAUUUAAAAUGACGACCUUUGCCUUCAAUGUACAGCUAACAGUUUGUCACACUGGGCCCCCUGCCUUCACAGGAAUGCUCCUAAUUCAUUUGUGUGUCCUUAAGGGGUUGCUUAAUUGUGUUCUGUAUUUUUUUUUUCCUUUUCUUUUUUUAAAAACUGAAACCAUUAUACUGUACCAUAUCAAAUAAUCUGUAGUAAUAUUUAUGGUUUCAUGACACCAUAAUCUAAUCAAAGUGAAGUGUACAUUAUCAUUAAAUCUGUAUGCAAGGCCCUACUUAAUCUUAUGGAUAGUGUACAUCAGUAGUUUUCACAGAAUUAAUGGAAAGUGGAAGAGAGCAGCUAUUUGCUAUUCAAAUAAUAGCAAAAAAAGGAAAACUGGAGCGGAUUGGGACAUGUAACCAAAGAUGCAUAUUAGUCACUAUUUUCUGCUUUUAUAGUUGGUAAUAAUCCAUAAGAUUAACCAGUGGCCGUUUUUUUGUCCCACUCUUGCAUGGAGCCCUUGCAUUCCAAACUUCAGACCUGCCUAUGAACUCUUGUUUUGAAUAACACCCUAUAAAAAUGGUAGAAAUGCCUUACUCCACUCAACCAUAUCUGGGGUUUCUUGAGUCAACAGGGGGGGAAAAAAUACCAUAGUUGUGUACAUAGAUUAUGGUUCACUAAACUGGUCUUCAAAUGCAAUGCAAUUAAGGUUUAACUUUAAAGUUGCUCUGUAAGGGAAUAACCACAACAUCAUAUUGGUUUACAGUCUACCUUAUGCAUGAUAUUGAUUUGUUAUCAAAAUGAUGCUACACAACUGGUUUGGAUUUGAUUUUGAUCAAAAUGAAGCUCUUUAUAGAUUUUAUUUUUCCUUUUUUUGUGACUGGGUGGAAUGUGCACCUGAGGGUCUGUUGCAGGUGGAUGAAGCACAAUUUAAGAACAGCCAGGAGCAGCACGCCACAUGUUGAAAUAAGCACUUUUCCUUGGACACUUGUAUCAAUUCCCUGUUGCUACAGUUUAAGAUACAGAAUGCAUUUUUUUUCUUUUUGCCUUGCCUUUUUAGAAGAUUUAGUAAUGAAUCUAGAAGUUAAUCUGAACAGUAAAACUGCAUUAUUUAUCUGCAUUUGCUGCUUAAGUUAUGGAAGGUGCCCCUUGUGGUUAACUAUGGAAUAACCGCCUUUCUGCUGGUGGUAUUGUAAAUUUAAUCAAUCCUCUAGGAAGCAUUGUCAUUUCACCUUUUGUUUGGGAUGUUUUGGGGACAUGUGGAAGUAGAGAAACCAAAUAAAUGUUUAUUCAUUUUCAGGUUUGACCUUUUUGCCCAUGAAACAUCCCCUUGUUUAUGUUUACAUCCUAAUUAGGCAUAUUUAGUUUUUGUUGUCAAAUAUGUUUUUGCCCAUUGAGAAUUUUGAAAAAGCCACCCUAACCUGACUGACCACACUGAUAUUUCCUCAAAAAACAUGGCCCUACUUGUUAAAUUUGGCAUUUAGCUGAGUGGAAUGAAGUGCUCUCAUGCUGCUUGGUUUCAAAGUUGCACUCGCUCUUUGUAAAGGUUGGAUGUUGCUCCCAAGAUUGAAUAAUGAACAGUUGUUGUAACUUUUGUACUCAAACGUCAGUUGAAAGCAACUGCCUCUUCACAUCCUAACUGAAUUGCCUUCAACCACUAUUGACAGUCUUCAUCUAUACGAGACUAUGAGCUUCUGCUUCCAGUCCUUUUGUAUUCAGGAUAUCAAGACAUUGUAAGCACAUGGCUGGCUGCAUAUUUGUGUCCUGAAUUAAUUCAGAAGUUUGAUUGUAUGACUUUAACACAACUCUGUAGCCUUUAAGCUGCCAUGUGGAUUCUCGCUUCUUACGCCGACAAAGAUAAGGAAAAUGUUUAUCAGACCCCUGGCUUCAAUAAAACAAAGAAUCCAAA